AUGGCUCGCAUCCCCGAUGUGAAUCACAUGCAUAGCGUCAAGAUUGACAACAUCACAUGCAAUCAGGACGAAGUGAUCGGGGUCAAGGAGGAGCUUCGAGAGAAGUUCUCCAAGUUUGGAGAGAUUGGCGAUGUGUACAUUCCCAGGGAUCGCAACUUUGCAUUCGUGAGGUUCUUCGAAAAGCGCGAUGCUCAGGAUGCCGUGGAUGCUAUGGACGGUAAAGACAUCAUGGGCCAAGAAGUCAGCGUGUCUUUGUCCAUGCAGGCAAAGAAGCCGCCGGAGGAGCAGCAGAGCUGGGCCAUCGAUCAGACCAUCGAUCGCGCCGCACUCCCGGUGCAGAUUUCCGCAAAGCCCAAGGUCUCGCUCGCGCACGCGGGAACGCCGCCGGCGCAGAAGGAGCCUGAGCCGCGCAUCCUCCGACCGGCUGCCAAUGGAAGCUUUGCAGAGGCAAAGUGGGAGGGGACCUGCAGCCUGUCAUGCCUGGAAGGCGGCGAGCUGGUGACCGGCGCCAAGUCUGGGGUGUCAGUCUUCGCUCGGAGCUCCGGGCUGAGCCUCAUGGCGGAAGCAGACUGCGAGGCCACCUGCGUGGAGGGUCUGGGGACGCAGACAGUUGCAGCGGGCGACCGCGCUGGCAGGGUGCGCGUCUGGCAUUUGCGGCGCAACAAGCUGCAAGAGGUUCGAAGCGUCCAAGCUCAUUUUGCCGCGGUGCGGGCACUGAGCAGUGGAGGGGACAUUUUGCUCACUGCUUCGGAGGACGGGACUGUGAAGCAACUUGACGUCCUUGCCAACUUUGUGCCGGGCGAUUUCUUUGAGACAGGCGUGCCUGCAACGAGCGUGAUGGCGCGGGGGAAGAAUGUCCUCGUGGGCUGCCAGGACGGGGUGGUCUGGGAGCUCUCGCGGCGCCUGCGGCAGCCAGUGGUCCUGCGACGCCUGGAGCUGGGCGCCCCGGUGCGGCUCUUGGAUGCGGAUCCGGAAGCUCCAGGUGCUCGGGUGCUCGCUGCUGGCAGUGGCCGGUUGGCCGUGUGGCUGGACAUGCCAAAGAGCGUUGCGCCGCAAGAUGUGCAGCCACCUGCUUUUGUUGGAGAACGUGGCCUGACGGAGGAAGCGGCACUGCUGCUACCUGGAAAGGCGGAGGACCUCCUUCUCAUCCCGUGUGGUGCCAGAGCUUCUCAUCAUGCCUGGAGCCACGAGCUGGCAAGCGCGAAGGCCUGCUGUUGCCUGGUGCGCAGCGGGCCGACGUUUUUCUUCGUGGCCGACGUCUCGCGCAAAACGGGCGAGCUGUGUGAGCUCUUCGGCCUCAGCGAGGAUGCUCGGGAUGAAGCUCUUGCUGGCGGAGCCUCCGCGCCGCAGGAAGGACCGACAGGUUCUUUGCUGUGCGAGGAGAACGGCUCAGCGGCUGGACCGAGGCGAGCUCUGAGGCGAGCGAACACCUUCAGCGACCCGACGCAAGCGCCACAGCCCUGGCAGGUUGCGAAAUUGAUCUGA